AUGUCAACCGAUACGAGCACGACGCCGCCCCAUCGCGAGAUGAAGAUUGUCGGCUCUGGGACUGCCACGCACAGGAACGUCUACCACACGAGCCAGAUGGUCGACCGGCCGCAGGACUGGCUCCUCCUGAAGUGCACGGCCGACGCCACCUUCCCGUGCCUGGAGACGCACGCGCCCGACCGGCCGAUUACGCACGCCGACUGGGACGAGCUGUGGGGUAGAUACGAGGCCUCUACGGACGCGGCCAGCGUCUUCGACCCCGAGCUGAUAGCCGCGUACCCGGACGCGCGCGUCGUGCCGGUAGAGCGCUAG